UGAAGUUCUGUCUUAGGUGCACAUGUUUCCUGUAGGUUUCAGUCGCCUUCUGAUGAACAUAAACGCUGCCGUCACCUUCUGACCUCACCGCACCGGAACCGCGAAACGUCCCGCUAUUCUGAACCUUUACCAACCACUUUAUAAAAUACACAAUUCAGACCUGUAGAGAUGGAGAAGCAGGUUGUGGACGGGUUAAGAGAGGUCUUCCAGUCGGGCAGAUCCAGACCCCUGCAGUACAGAAAACAGCAGCUCAGAGCCCUGCUCCGCCUCAUCACUGAACGCCAAGCAGACAUCGAGCAAGCCUUAAAACAAGACCUCAACAGGAAUACAUAUAACACUUCGCUCUUUGAGCUGAUCGGCAUCGAGAAUGACAUCAAGUCGGCGGAGAGCAACAUGACAGACUGGGCAGCCGCUCAGCCUGUGAAGAAGAAUCUCAACAGCGCACUGGACGAUGUUUACAUAAAGCCUGAACCUUUGGGUGUUGUGCUGAUAAUUGGUACCUGGAACUACCCUUGGGCCCUGAUCCUGCAGCCCCUGGUUGGAGCUAUUGCAGCUGGCAAUGCGGCCGUGUUGAAACCAUCGGAGCUGAGUGAGCACUCCGCUAGACUUAUGAAAGAACUGCUUCCUCUAUAUCUGGAUAAGGAGAUGUAUCAAGUGGUAACAGGAGGGGUUCCAGAGACCCAGGAGCUGCUGAAGCAGCGUUUCGACCACAUCUUCUACACCGGGAGCAGCACAGUUGGGAAACUGGUGAUGGAAGCAGCAGCUCAUCAUCUCACACCGGUGACUUUAGAACUGGGAGGAAAAAGCCCCUGUUAUGUUGACAAGAACUGUGACAUUGCUGUGGCAUGCCGACGAAUAACUUGGGGGAAGUUUGCAAACUGUGGUCAGACAUGCAUCGCCCCUGACUACAUUCUGUGUGAUCCAAGCAUCCAGGACAGGAUAGUUGAAGAGAUUCAAAAAACACUACUGGAGUUCUACCAGAAAGACCCUAAAAACUCUCCAGAUUAUUGCCGAAUCAUUAAUACUCAUCACUUUGACAGAGUAUUGGCUCUAAUGAAUGAAUGCACUAUUGCUGUUGGAGGAGAGAGUGAUCGCUCACAGUGUUACAUAGCUCCUACGGUUCUGAAGGAUGUUUUACCCCAUUUCAAAAUCAUGCAAGAAGAAAUCUUUGGACCAUUGCUGCCAAUCAUCACAGUUAAUGGCUUGAGUGAGGCCAUAAAUUUUAUCAAUGCAAGGGAAAAUCCCUUGGCGCUCUACGUGUUUUCCUCAAAUAAAACGGUGAUUAAGCGAAUGUUAACUGAAACCACCAGUGGAGGGGUGACUGUUAAUGAUGUGUUGAUGCAUUAUACUGUGGAUACCUUACCUUUUGGAGGUGUAGGAAACAGUGGAAUGGGCAGAUAUCACGGGAGACACACGUUUGACCAGCUGAGUCACCAUCGUGCCUGUCUCAUCAAGUCUUUUGCUAUGGAGAGUUUGAAUGACGCACGUUACCCUCCGCUAACAGCAGCCCGGCUGCGCAAGGCUAAGUUUUUCAUGCAGCAUUGCUUGUGCAGCUGCAGUGGCUUGUGUGUGUGGGCCAUCAUUGCAACCCUGUUGGCGAUUGGUCUGCUUGUUGCCUUGAUAGUCGUGCUGAUAUAGAGAAAACAUUUUUACAGCUUGUUUUCUUGAUUCUGAUAUGUUUACACACUUUUCGUUUGAUUUGUGUUUGUAUUACCUUAUGUUUGCAUUCCUAAACCAGAUAUUUAAUCAGGGGAGGUUAUUCCACCCAAGAGCGUUUUAGGGGAAAAAAUGUAUUUUUAGGAAAAAUGUUUAUAUGGAAACAGGCUAUAUUAGAUAAUGCGUGUAUAUUUGAUUCUAAGUAAUGUUUUAUUACAUUUUUUCCAUAUUUAUGCAUUUUAGUUAUGGUUUUACACAAUUUGUUUAGAAAUAGCAUGCAGACUUCCUGUCACGGUUUGUCUGUUUGGUUAAUUAGUAUUCCCCAGCAGACUGCCUUUUGGAUCAAGCUUUGUGUAAUUACUGAAGACUUUCCAUUCCUCUAACAAUGCACGAUUGUUCAUAAUCAGCGUUCCUUCCCACUUGCACAGGAGACUUCAGUUCGUAGCAACAUUCUCCUCAGAAUAACUUUGUCUUAUAUAAAACACUUGAAUUACAUUUGUACAAAAGGAAAUAUUUUUUAGCAUUGUGAUAUGAAAGUGUUUAACGUGUAGAUUUUCUUUUUGUCAGUGUACUAAAACAUAUAUAUACUGUAAUCUCUUUAAAGCAUACUUUAAUCUUUACAAUUAAUAAGACAUGUUUAUGAAUUAUUCUACUUGUGUAGAGAAUUGAAGCUGUUGAAUUGGGCAAAAUCUGCAUAUUUAGAUCUUCUCAACAAGUCUGUUAUCCAGCUUAUCCUCUUUACGUGGAGGGGAGCUUUCAUCUUACAUUUAUGUUAACAAAUGUUUACUAAUUAUUAUUACUACUUCUUGUUAUCUAACAUGUGAUAUAAUAUUAGUACUGUCUAAUCUAAAACAAUGAUAAUCAAAUCUAUAUAUAUAUAUAAACUGUUAUAGCAUUUCAGUUUAUAUCAUGUAGAUGUGUUAUUAAUUAAUUAUCUAUUUUUGUAUUUAAUUAUUUAAUUUUAUAGUUAAAAGCUUCGUUAUAGUUGUUGAGAUUAUAUGCUUGAUCCGGCUUUAAAUUAUUAUCUAUAAUUGCUCUCAAUAUCCAGCAGAUGGCGCUCACUUAUAAUUUAACGUCUUAUAAAACAUGGACGUCUGCACCUUCAUCAGUAAGACGUCGGCCUAAUUAUAUAAAUACAAUAAAAAAUGUUUUCAUCGGUGAUUAUUAGUCCUGCUGCUGCUCCACGCACUUUCUCUUUAAAUAUAAUCAUAGUAAACUCGCUAUGGCGAAAUGUCAAACACUCCUCCUCAACCAAUAAAGUGGAUUACGAAAU